UUAUAAUUCAUUUCUUGUUAUAACACAGUACAUAUUUUGAAAACGAAAUAAUUAUACUUCACUUACUACGUAAAUUCAGAAGACACAUUUCACAUAUGUAAUUAUAAGUAAUACAUAUAUUGAUUGCAUUUAAGUUAAUUAUAAAAUACAUUAUCCUAAUAAUCAUGGAUAAAAAUUAUUUUUCGUCAACUAAAGUUGGUUUUAUUGGUGGUGGAAAUAUGGCAAGUGCUAUUGGUGCAGGUUUAAUUCAUAAAGGUAUUUUAAAUCCAAACAAUGUAUGGGUUUCUGCUCGUACAACUAAAACUCUAGGAUUUUGGAACGACUUAGGUGCUCAUGCUACUUUGAAAAAUGGAGAAGUAGUGGAUAAUUGUGAAAUUAUAUUUUUAGCAAUGAAGCCUCAUAUGCUCGAUGAUGCACUUGAGUGCACUAAAGAGACAAUGACAGUCAAAGCUGUACAUAAACUGUUUGUUUCAGUUCUUGCAGCAGUUACAUUAGAAUCUUUAGCUAAUAAACUUAAGUCUAUUGUCACACAUCCUAGAAUAAUUAGAUGUAUGCCCAAUACUCCAAUGAUGGUUGGAGAAGGAAUAACAGUGUUUUGUUCUAUGAAUGCAACAAAUCAAGAUGAAACUAUGAUAGAAACAUUAUUGUCAUAUGUUGGAGUAACUGAAAAUGUUCCUGAGUCUCUUAUAAAUGCUAUUAGUGGUCUUUCAGGAUCUGGUCCUGCUUAUGCAUAUCUUGUUAUAGAAGCAUUAGCAGAUGGUGCUGUAAAAAUGGGUGUUCCAAGACCUAUGGCGACAAAAUUUGCAGCUCAAGUAUUAGUUGGAGCUGGUAAAAUGGUGUUAGAAACAGGCAGACAUCCUGGUCAAUUAAAAGAUGAAGUAUGCUCUCCAGGAGGUACAACUAUUACAGGAGUUCAUGCUAUGGAAUGUGGACAAGUCAGAGCUUCUAUGAUAAAUGCAGUUGAAGCUGCAGUAAAGAGAUCAAACGAAAUGGCGUCUACAAUAAAAUGAAAUUCAACA